UAAUUCAAAGUGGUGGUAACAUCACUUCAUAUACCUAUACACACCUUUUGUUGUCGAAGUCAUCGACAACUACAUAGUUUUUAUUUUAAAUACCGUCAUAUUUAAUUUUUAUUUCAUCUUGACACCAUCGACACACGGUGUAAAACAAUUAAAAAUGAAUACUAGUCUUUUUGUGUUAACAAUUGUUGGAUUGGUUUGUGCAAAUGCACAACAAUUCAAUUGUCCAGCAAAAGAUGGACAAUACGAACAUCCAAAACAAUGUGAUAAAUAUUACGAAUGUGUAGAUGGAAGAGCAACCGAAAAAAUUUGCCCAGAUGGUUUAGUAUUUGAUCAAUUAAUUCGUAAAAUCAACAAAUGUGAUCAACCCUUCAAUGUAGACUGUGGAGAUCGUAUUGAAUUACAACCGCCAAAAGGAAAUGCAUUAUGUCCACGACGAAAUGGUUUCUUUGCCCAUCCAGAUGAAUCAGUUUGUAACAUUUUCUACAAUUGUAUUGAAGGUGAAGCAACAGAAGUUGUAUGUACAGCUGGUUUACAUUUCGAUGAAUACAGUGGUACCUGUGUAUGGCCAGAUACAGCUGCCCGUCAAGGAUGUGGAACCAGUGGACAAACAAAUAUCUUGAAAGAUGGUUUCGAAUGCCCCAAAAAUAACCAAGUUUCAAAUGGACAAGUUGUUGCCCAUCCAAAAUACGCUCACCCCACAGAUUGUCAAAGAUUUUAUGUAUGUUUGAAUGGAGUUGAACCACGUGAUCUUGGUUGCCAAGCUGGUGAAGUAUACAAUGAAGAACAACAAAAAUGUGAUGCUCCCGAAAAUGUUCCUGGAUGUGAGGAUUGGUACAAAGAUGAAGAAGAACCAGCACCAAAAGGAAAAAAAUCCAAACGUAGUGUAAGAAAAUAAGUGUGUAAAAAAUUUUACUCAACUGAAUUUGCACAGAAUUCCAUCUAAAAACUAAACAGUUUUUAAAUUAUAUUCAA